UUCUCUUUCUCCUGCUUCAGUAUUCACCCCUUUUCCUUCACUAUAUAAAAGACCAAACCUCAAAAGCCAACAAAACCAGAGAAACAUAACCAAAAUAGCUUCCAGACCCAUGUCUGAAACCAGACAUCAUUAACAAAUCCAACAAAAACCCAUUCCCCAAAUCUAUAUUUCAACACUACCCAUUUCAUUAUUUUUCGCAAAAAAUAUGAAGAAAAUUGGAGGGUUCAAGCUUCGACGCAAGCUGGUAACAGUUUUCAAAUGGAUAUUCCGACCCAGAAAAAGCAGCCGCUUCAGUAGUUUCUUAUCACGUCCGAUCCGAACCCGUAACCCAUUAUCCAGACUUUGUUCUUUCCUUCGACGGGGUAGAAUCAAGGGGAUGUCAAAUUCGGAUCCUGGAUAUAUCCAAUUGGGUGAGCAAGAAGUGAAGCGGGUUGAGGUACCCAAGGGACAUCUUGCUGUGUACGUGGGCGAAUCACAGAGUGACACGAGGAGAGUGGUGGUGCCUGUGAUUUAUUUUAAUCACCCACUGUUUGGGGAGUUGUUGAAGGAAGCGGAGCGGGUUUACGGGUUUAAUCAAUCGGGUGGGAUUACGUUGCCUUGUGGGAUUUCGGAGUUUGAGAAAGUGAAGAUGAGAAUUGACGAUUGGGAUCAUUGCCGACGAAAACAAUAUCGUCGCUAUUUGUUAUGAUAUUUAUUUUCCUCUUGUUUUUUUAUGGUGUAUAAAAUUUCUAAUUUUACCUAA